UGCCAUUAAAAUGAAUGGAAAUGCUUUUUUAUUCUGUAUUCUUCUGCUGAGCGUCACCUUAUCCAGUGCCUAUGAAGAAGGUUACAUCAGGCUGGCUGGUGGCCAGGAAUACUCCGAGGGCCGUGUGGAGAUCUUUCACGAUGGAGUUUGGGGGACGAUUUGCGACGAUGGCUGGGACAUAAAUGACGCUCAUGUAGUUUGUCGACAGCUGCGUUUCCCUGGUGCAGCCGAGGCUCCUGGAUCAGCUGCAUUUGGCGCCGGGGUCGGUAACAUCUGGAUGGACGAUUUAACCUGCGGUGGGUCGGAGAUUAACCUACUCCAGUGUACGUUUCCUGGCUGGGGGGUCCAUAACUGCGGUCACGGCGAAGAUGCCGGAGUUAGAUGUGAGAAAGGGGCGGAGCCUCAGAGCAGGGACCUCAACCACGAGUACACGUUGGACCACAAUGCAAGCCUCUCUCAGCAGCUAGGCGAGCUGUUUGACAGCAGACAGGACUGUGACGUGGACAUUGCAGUGGCAGUGGAUAACAACAUAGUGGAGACCAUCUGUGCUCACAGGGUCAUCCUUUCUCUCAAUUCAAACCUCAAGGCUUUGCAUCCAGACCUCAGCAGCUUGCUCAUUAACGUGUCUUCUGAUUGCAGCCAACAUGCAGAUAUAUUUGUCAGAUACUUCUACACGAGGAAGAUUACGGUCACAUUAGCCUCCUCCCACUGCAUCCUGAAAAUGGCUUCUGACUGGGGCCUGACUGAAUAUCACAAUGAGGCUGCGAAUCUCUUCAGACUGUUUCUCCCCGAGGACCCCACCUUCCAAAGUCAGAACUCUCUUUAUGAGUACGCAGUUCGCAGAAGUGACGACACGCUGCAGCAACUAUGUCUUCGCUACCUGGCGUGGAACUGCGAGGCGCUGAUCAACUCCCCGGCCUGGACAAGCCUUCCUUUUAAUCUGGUCAAAGCACUCCUUUCUCGCUCAGACCUCGUGGUGCGUAACGAAACAGUCGUCCUGAGCGGACUGGAGAGAUGGGCAGAAGCUCGAGGAAACGCAACCAUGCGUGAGAUACUUCUAAAUCUCGUCCGCUUCCCGAUGAUACCAGCUGAGGACUUAUACAGUCUUGACAGCUCAGAGUACCACGCUAGCAAGCUGGAGGGGUUUCAGUUUAAUGCUCUUCCUGUAAAAAUGCUCCUCAGGGACCUGACAGGAACCAUCUACACACCCAGGAUUUACACUGGCAGACCGUGGAGCUUCACCUUCAGCAGUCAGGAGAUCCGAGCUUACCAGCACUCCGGGGUCUACAUCCUUCGAGGCCAGCGAGUCAGCAGCCUGACGUCUGAUUUCCAAACCCCGGUUCAUAACAGCGCCUAUUUCGCUUUUCACACCAUGCGCUGGAAAGUCACGGCCUACGUCAGAGAGGAAGACUGCACGAAGCAAAGUGUCACAUGUGCUUCUUUACCAGCGAUCAGCUUGAAGAUUGAAGAAAAGAAUUUACCCAGUGAGAUGGAGGGCCGCAUCCGCUACAGCAACAGGCUCAUUCUCAUGUGCGCAGGAAGGCACGUGUUCCACGUGAACGAAUUUAAUGCUGUUGACAGCGACAGCCCCAUAGCUGUUCCCAGCAUCUCAGAACAAGUCUACCCGUGCCACUCAAACCUGUUCUCCUACCAGGUGGUGGUACGUCCUCAGUACUCAACAGAUUAGAUCUGACUAGAGAACUUAAGAGAAGGAGGGUGUGCGUCAGCGCAAGAACUGCACGCACAUAAUGCUUUCGGCUCUCUCCUCCUUACGUGCAGCAGCUGCAAGUGGAAACCUCACAGUGAAAAUUAAGGUGGAUCCUGGAGCAGGUAGAAUUGACUUCAUGCAAGUUUUCUAAACAUGAGCCAGCUUGUCCUGUAGUUGCUGUGGAAUGCAUCGCUGUGGCUUGUUUGGGCACAUGGUGCUAGUGUAAACCUGGGCAGAGAGCAGUAUCACCGCAUUUCUAUCUGAUGAUAAGUGAAAAAAUAAUAAAAAAAAUGUCUGGUCUACUGUUAUAAUCACUCUGUCUGCAGAAGGUCAUGCAUUUCUUUUAUUAUGCAAUGUAUGUGUAAUCAGAUUACAGUGUAUACACUUCUGUAAUGUAUUUGAUUCACUGAAAAUAUUUACUGUCACUGCCAUGACAACAGUCCAGCAGUCUUAGCACAAUCUGUCUGUCCUUAUACAAAUACAGUAGAAUGAUAGAAUAGAGACAGUUAUUAAUAAUACCUGUUAAAAUCCGCAGUAAGUAACAGAGCGUUUAAACAUACUGCAGGCUGCCUCCUCCUAUGGUGUCAGUUUGAAAAUCCUUCAUCACCCAUGUCUCAAAUUAUCGCAUUCACAAGACUUUUUUGAGGUCAAGGUCACUGAGAUUUGAAUUCAUCCAACAUUUUGUGUAGAUACACCUGCGGCCCACCCGCCCCACGGUGGGGUGAUAAUGAUACCAAAGGCUGAUGGAUUGAAAAUAAAGAUUUAAGAAAAGAAAAAAAACUCUUUUGCAA